AUGACUGAAACAACACAAAAUUCAAGCUCCCUCGCCCAGAAGUUUACCCAACUACAAAAUGCAACGAAAACAACACAAAACACAAUCCCAAAGAUACAAAAGGUACCACAUUAUCUCCGAGGUCGGGAACAUUUUGCCAAGCAUUACUCACCCAAGUUGGUUGCAAUUGGUCCAAUCCAUCGUAACGAUUCGAAUCUGGAGCUUGGACAAAAAUACAAGCUUAUCUGGGCAGCAAUGUACCUUGAACGCACCAACCAAGAUGCUAAAAAUCUGUUCCAAAAGAUUCUAUCAAAUAUCGGACGAUUGAAGGAACUGUUUGCUGACGAUGUCAUCGAAAAGCUCACUGAUGAGGAGCUCUCGUGGAUGCUAUUUGUGGAUGGAUGUUCUCUCCUACAAAUCUUGGACAAGGGAAAACCUCAUGCGAGCCAAGAAAUAAAUGUUAAGAUUGACCAACUGGUUCUCGUGUUGCAUGAUAUACUGUUGCUAGAGAACCAGCUUCCCUUUGAUGUUCUUAAACUCUUGUCAACACACGGGGAUGAUGACACACUUCUUAUAAGAAGCAUGAACAACUUUCUUGAGUGUAAUCAUCAUUUGUCACCACGUAGACCAGAGAUAGGACAGGGUACGACCAAGGAUGAAGAUAGAGAAUUGGCUGAAGAUGGUGGUUACGUAAGUGUUUAUAUAAAGAACGAAGACACCUUGCGUGGAGAACACAUAAAAUGUCCUUUUCAUCUUCUCGACCAGCUUCGCAGACAUGUCCUUGAUGACACAGACCAAAGCAAAACGAAUAAUCAAAACACAAAUGAAGACUGCAUGACAACAUACAGGAACAUAACGGAGCUGAGAGCAGUAGGGAUUAAACUGAAGUCAACAGAGUCACGCAGUCGUAGAUAUAUCUCAUUCUCUUAUCGUUGGAUGUGUCUGUGUGCUGAACUUAUGCUUCCUGAGAUCUUAGUUGAUGACACAACAGCUACUACAUAUCUCAACCUGAUAGCAUAUGAGACGUGUCCAGAUUUUGAGAACAAAUUCGAGAUUUGUUCCUUUGUGGCCUUCAUGGACUCGCUUAUUGACCAUCCUGAGGAUGUGAAGGAGCUGAGAAAAGCAAAGGUUCUGCGCAAUGCACUUGGGAGUGAUGAGGAAGUGGCACAGCUCUUCAACACCAUAAGCGCUGACUUGAUGCCCAACCCUGAAAUCUAUUCAAAGGUUAGAUGCCAAAUUGAGAAGCAUUAUAGAAACAGAUGGAGAACUUGGAUUGCUCUUGGUUACCAAUCUCAUUUUAGUAACCCUUGGGCAAUCAUUGCUUUCCUUGGCGCCAUUGUUGCUCUAAUUCUCACUUUCAUCCAAACUUGGCUUGCCAUCAACCCUGUUGACUAA